AGAUACCAGGGACUUUCAUCGGACCAACGUUGGUUACGUUAGCUUCCUUCGCACGUGGGCUGCAGCGGUUGGCUGCCUGUGAUAUCAUUUUUGCUCUUUACACACUCCUGGCGAGAAGAAAAAAAGUUAUAUAGAGAACACUGUACAGUUCUUACAAUUCCUGUUUGACUUGCUGAUUCUCUCGCGAAAAUUCUUGCUCCUGUACUCGGAUAAACUAUUGUGUAUUCUUGGCUUGUCUAUGGGUUCUGCUGCUGCUGAUUUCAGGCAGUCGAAGCAAUCCCAAUUCCGCUACCCUUCAUCCACAUCCAGCCAGCCUAUUUCCUCCCCUCGCUCUGCCUCUUUUCUGUCCGAAAUUUCCGGAAAAUGGCCUAGAACCUCUCCAGGCUCUCAUCUGAGUUCUUCACGCCAACGUCUGAAUGGAGAUGGAACAGACUCGGACGGAUAUCUGACAGAAAAGUCCUCUUCUCAUCGCCGAAAGCAUUCUGUAGCAGGCAAAUCUCGCGCUCUAACUCUACCGCCAACUGCUGGCCAGAUUAAGCUUUCGCCUUCUCGCCCGAUCUUCCGAAGGACUCGUUCUCCGUCUACCGGGUCUUCGUCGUCGUCCUCCUCAUCAACUUCGGCACCCGCUGUUCCUCUUCCCACUCAUCCAUCAACUUCCGGGAUUGGCCGAAAAGUCGCUGCCACUCUACAACUCUUCAAAGAGACCGAAGACGAUUCACAGACCAAUGAUGUUCAGCCUUCAACAGACCAUCACGAACGAUCAGCUUCCCUCGGAAAUGGCGGUGACGUUGCAGAGGCUAAAUUCGAAUUUGUGAAGCGCUCAGAAUGGCCUGACCGUGAGGCGGUCGUGCUCAGGAGAGAGAAAAGUACAGUUACGCUACACAGAGUCAGGACGAGAGAAAGCUUAGCCAGCUCUGAUCACAAACAGCAAGAAGAUAAGAAAGCUCAGGAAAGAAAGCUGUCUGUCACUGACUUAAAUCAGUGGCGGAAAGACGUUGGCAAAUGGGAUGAUGGCAUUGACCGCGGACGACGACGGGAACGUGCGGAGGACGAAAUAAUUUCCCCAUUACCUUCGCCGAGAUUGUUAGAACAACUGGAACCACCAGAUGUCAUCCGCCGCUCAUCUUCACGCUCUCAACCAUCAACAGGAGUCCAAUCACCGCAUCCAUAUUUAUCAGCUGUACCCCAUUAUGAUUCUUCCACACUUUCGCCCUGGUCUACCGACGACGAGUCCGGUUGGGAUUCUGCCUCAGGAACUACGUCUACCACAUCCCACUCUACCGCAUUUACUCAUCACCAAAACCUUUCUUCCUCCAUCCCACCCCUGGAUGAUGCCAGCUCGCCCACAAUCUCUUUCCCUUCUCCAGAUACACCUUAUCACCAUUAUACAGAUGCCGACGAUGGUGAUGAAAACACCUAUCUCCUGGACAUGGGCCUCAACAUCUCCCAGGAUACUCUUCCUCACAUUCCACUACGGCCCUUUCGUAAUCAAGUCGGUGGUCACAGCGCCAUCUACAAAUUUACGAAACGCGCUGUAUGCAAGCCUCUCGUCUCUCGAGAAAAUCUUUUCUACGAAAUGGUUGAACGAGAGGCUCCACCCCUUCUUGCAUAUAUUCCGCGAUACCUUGGUGUAAUGCUUGUCUCGUACCGUCGUGUUUUGAAAAGUGCUACAUUGCAGCUCAAGCCUUCCGCGGAUGGUCAUGGAGAGGCCAAGACACCUAGACCUCCCUUGCAAAAAGCAGCGACAGACCGACCUUCAGCUGGGGGUAAACACAAUGAAGAGUAUACGGACACAGACGAAUCUGAGAUGCCAGAGGUCGUGUUGGACCGCAACCGACAUAUCGUCCCUGAAUGGAUGCUUCGUGGCUCACGUAGCCGCUCUGCUUCUCAAUACACUGCUGCAGGCGUGCCAUCCGCUAUCCGAAGAUUCCAACGUCAGACCCUUCACCGAGGUACAGCUUCCAGCCCCGAUCUUGCCAGCCCCGAUUCUGGGUCAGGUAUUCUUAAGCCUAGUCCCCUAGCGCGCUAUCCUCCCUUUGUUUCUAGCGAAAUGACCGCACCGACUCCAGCGAAUUCGCCCAAAAUUCUAACGAAUGGGUUGCGUCCAGGAUUUCCUGAGGGGGAAAAGAGGAGGAUUUUUUUGGUCAAAUCUGCUUCAGACGAGGAUGAUGGGUUUGGAUGUAGACCAGAACUACCCUCGUUUCAUUCAGAGCAUAUGCACUCACCGUUGUUCGGAGGCCGUGGGUCUACUAUGGUUAACACCAAGUUAAAGGAUCACGUUUUCAGCACUGUGCUUCGUCGUCUGAAGCGCCGUCCUGGAGGCCGCUGGUUAGGAGGCACGCGUAUAGUAGAUGACGACGGAGAGGUCGCUGAUGCGGAGGGUGAUGAUCCUUCUGAUUUUGACAACUCUUCCAGUAAAGUCCGAAGGCGACGUGGUCGAAAAAUCGCUGGCGAUUCAUUGGGUCGUCUGCGAGAUUCUGAUCAUAGCCAAUUGCGGAGGGUGCAAAGCGAGGCCAUGAUAGCGUCGCCUUCUAAGCUUCAUGCUAUAGCUUAUGAGCAACAGAAUCAAGAUCAUCGGGGACAGGAACAAUUUGACCACGAUGUGGUGGGUCUGUUCGACAUGGACGUCGAAGGUAGUCCGCCGCCACUGAGAAGUCACAAGUGGCCAAAUUUAACUAGUUCUGACUUAGAUACGACUGAAUUACCACCCUCUCUCCGGAAGCGUAGCCGGUCUAGAUCAUUAGAUGAGCGCCCUCAUCGAAUGACGUUAACUUCUCCCAUUAGGAUGCCUCCGCUCAAAGAGCCAGAACUCACCACUGACGACGUGCAUCCAAAACAACAUGAUGAUGGAGAAGCAGAGCCUAAGCACGAUUUGGAUUCAGAGUUCUCUCGACAAAAUCAUUUUAUCCUCAUGGAAGAUUUAACUGGACGGUUAAAGCAUCCGUGUGUGAUGGAUUUGAAGAUGGGAACCCGCCAGUACGGCAUGGAUGCAACGCCUGUGAAGAAGAAAAGUCAGCGAAAGAAAUGUGAUCGUACGACGAGUAGGACCUUGGGUGUAAGGAUGUGUGGUAUGCAGGUUUGGAACAUCAAGAGCGCGACUUACAUCACUCAAGAUAAAUACAUUGGUCGCGAAAUCCGUCCGGAAGAUUUUCCUGCAAAGCUCGCAUCUUUUCUACAUAAUGGAGAUCGCCUUCUUGCCUAUCAGAUCCCUACGCUACUGCAGAAGCUAUAUGGACUUGCUCGUAUCAUCUCUCGUUUGAAAGGAUAUCGGUUCUACGGAUGCAGUCUUCUGUUUAUAUAUGAUGGAGAUCAUGAGACUCAACAAGCAUAUAAAGACCUGGUCCUCGAAACACCGACCUCGCGCAGCAAGCGUGGCGAGUCUCUCGAGCGAGGUGCCACCGCCUCUUCAUCUGAUACGUCUUCCUCUCGUAUGCUUCGGAGAUCACACAGCGAAGAACUCUUGUUGGGUCCGAUGCAGAAAGGUUCCGUUGACAAGGACAGGCGCAAGAGAGGAGCCGUUGACGUUCGCCUUGUUGACUUUGCUCAUACCACCACCGGCCGAGACUGGUUGCCAUAUCCGGAGGACUUUGACAAACACCUGCCGCAUGAAGUAACAACAAGCUCUCAAGGAUAUAAUGCUGAUAUUGAUCCGGAAACUGGACUCAUAUACGCUCGUUUUCCCCCUCAUUAUCCCGAAGACGCUGACAUGGGCUUCAUAUGGGGCUUGAAGAACCUGACGCUGGCCCUUGAACAGAUGUGGAACGACGAGAGGAAGCUGAGGUUCAAGCUUCUUCGUGAGAAUCCAGAUUGCGGUGUCAAAAAAUUGCCUGCGCUUCCUACUGAGGGCAAGGAGAUUUUUGACGAAAUUUUCGGCGAGGAAGAUGAUCCGGGCAUGCUUUCGACAUAGCGUAUCUACGCUGUUCAUUCACGUCCCUAUUAUUCUGUUUUGACCCAUUAUUGUAUUGUAGUAGCCGUACUGCCACUUUUCAGUCAUCCACACACUGUAUUUUCUAUCAUAAAUCCCCCUCCUAGAGUUCUCCGACUUAUUCAUCAUA